AUGUUGCUAUUGAUGAUUGCAGCAGCUCAGGCGAUCGGAGGAUCCUCUCGGCGUCGUCAUGGCUUGAUGAAGCUUUUCGUUUUCGGAGACUCUUAUGCAGAUACUGGGAACUGGCCUAAAGGUUCUGCUACUUCAUGGAAGGAACCAUAUGGGAUCACUUUUCCCGGUGAACCAUCCGGCCGAUUCUCUGAUGGCCGUGUUCUCACUGACUACAUAGCUUCAUUUGCUGGUAUAAGACCUCCACUGCCUUACAAGUUGUGGAAGUCUGGUACGAAAUCGCCAAGACAUGGGAUGAAUUUUGCUCAUGGAGGGACAGGUGUCUUCAACACUUUGGUUGAUGGGCCAAACAUGACCACCCAAAUCAAUUUUUUCCAACAACUUGUUGAAGAAAAGGUGUACACAAAGAGCGACCUAAAUUCCUCAGUUGCUCUAGUAUCCCUCGGGGGCAAUGACUAUGCUACUUAUAUGGCACUUAAAGGCACCUCACAGGGUUUUCCGGCCUUCACUAAAUCAGUUAUCAACCAGCUUGCCACAAACUUAAACAGCAUACACAGCUUGGGAGUGAGAAAAAUAGGCAUUACAGCAAUGGAGCCCCUUGGGUGUCUACCUCGAUUUGCUGCAUUGUCUUCAUUUCAAAACUGCAGCAAAGCAGAAAAUUCGCUUGCAAAGUUCCAUAACCAAAUGCUGGAGCAGAGUCUACAAAAAUUGAGCAACAAAAGCAAUGAAUCUUUGUUUUUGAUUCUUGAUCUAUAUAACGCUUUCAUGUCCGUGCUGAAGAUACAGGAAAACCAUCCAGGAAAUACAAGGUUUGAGAAUCCGUUGAAACCGUGUUGUGUUGGUGCGACCGAGGGUGACUUUUGCGGGAGCGUAGAUAAGAAUGGUAGGAAGAAGUACAGUGUAUGUGAGAACCCAAAGCUAUCAUUUUUCUGGGAUGUGAUUCAUCCUUCACAACAAGGAUGGCAUGCUGUUUACUCAGCUUUCAGAUCUUCUCUCCAACAACUCGUUUAA